AUGCUGACUGAUUUAUUUGGCGAAUCAGGAAUGCAUCAAGGGUGCUACACUGGAGAUUGGGUUGAUGACAUCAUUGAGGGCUAUGGAAGAGUAGAGUUUUCAUCCGGGUCCUGUUAUGAGGGCGGCUUUAAAGAGAAUAAGAUGGAUGGUUUUGGCACAUAUUAUUGGGCGAGUGGACAUAUUCUGAAAGCAUACUUUGAACAAAACUAUAUCAAACAAGAUUCAUUGAUAGAAUUAAUUGAUCCCGAUGGAAGGCAGUGGAUUGGACGAUUUAAAGGAAAACACCAGGAACAACAACUACAAUCAAAUUUUCAGCAGACAGGUGAAUUAAAUGAAGAGUUGGAAUUUGUUGGUGAUUAUUUGACAGAAUUGCCAUUUUCUGCAUUUUCACUGACUGAUUUAGAAGGGAUCAGUAGUGAAUUUGAAGAAGUUAGUCAUUCACUUAGUAACUUCAUUGGAACAAAUGGCACAUGUAAUUCAGUCAAGAAUGAAAAAAUAGGAGUUAAAGAAGAUAAAAGAAUUAUCAAAGAUGGUACAAUGAUUCAAAAAUCAAAGCAUGAGUUAGAAGUGAUAGAAGACAAUUUAAAUCAAAUAGUAUUAGCUGAUACAUUUGAUAAGAAAUUAAAUCCCAUUCGAAAUGAAAUUCGUCGAAACAUUGAAAAGUUUUUAAAGUUAAAUAAUUCUGAUUCAUCGAAAUACAGAGAUAAAGUCAAGAACGAUAAGUUUAAUUGUCCAAUUCGCACGAAGAAAGGUGACAUGGAAAACUUUCAGUCUGAAUCUGUCUUCAGAAAUGAGCGCAAUAAUCAAUGCCUAAUAAAUGGGAAGAGGGAAAGAGAUGACAGAAUCAACAAACUACUUGAACAAGAUCCAGAAGUAUAUUCAAGUAUGCAUUCACAAGACUGUCAGUUAAAUGAAUCAGAAAUCCAACAGAAUACAUCUUUCACGCAAACUUUAUUUAAUCCAUUCAAUAAUAAGUCAAUACAAUCCAACAAGAAUUUUAUCAAACGUAAUAUCGAGCUAGCAGCUAGAUGGAAAGAUGUCAUGCCUAUGACAGCGGAAGAAGAAGCCCGUAUAGAAGAGCUUCUAGCGGAUCAUGAUGAAGGUGGAGAUUGCACCAAUAAUAAUGACGGGAAGGAUUUCAUACCUAACACUAAUUCAAAUAAAACUGAACCUUCAGUCAAUGGGAGUGAUGAACUAUUCUUCAUCAGUAAUUUAAGCUCCACAAGUGAUUUGCAUCGUAUGAUAUGGCCAUAUUUAAAUGCGCACAAAACAAAUAAAAGUUGUGUGCAGAAACCACUGUCGAAUGAAGAUCAACAGAAUUCUUUAGACAAAGAUGAUCACCAUAUUAGAAAUGAAGAGAAUUCAGCUAAUCAACUAGCGUUAAAAGAAAACUGCUAUCAGUUAAACAGUCAAGCACUUGGAAUAUUAUCUCGUCUUACUGAAAUUAAUGCACAACUUGAAAAGUUUCAAAGACAAAGACAAAUUGAUGAUGAGAAAUCAUUUGAUUUGCAGUCGUUCGGAAAAUCUGCUCAAAUCGAAAAUAAGGUAUCAGAAGAUGGAAUACGUCCUGGAGAACGUUGUCUGGUCACUUAUCACGAAUCUCGUGAAUUGAAUGAACGUCUCAAUGAAAUUGAUACCCAACUGGCGAAGAUUCAGCAGACUAACUUUGAAGAGUUGAGCGUAAUUAUGUUUAUAAUUGCCUACACUAAGCUAUGGAGUAAUUCAUCAAGUAAUAUAGAGCAAUUAGAGUGUGAUUUAAAUGCACUAGCACUGAGCGAUCGCUGA